UUUAAAACAGAAGGUCGUUCAACAAGUGUAAUGAGUAUAUAAGGUGGACUGAAUUCCAUUCCAUCAUAGUUGAGAUAUCCAGCUUCGUCUAUCAAGAACAGCAGAAUGAACACAUUCGUUAUCACCAUCUUGGCAUGUGUAGCUGCAGCAUCAGCAGCCCCAAGCCUUCUUGGUCCAGGAUGCUGUGGAGGUGCUCUACUCAUACCACCUAGAGCAGCAGUAACAAUUUCCAGACCAGCCACUAUCCUAGGCCCAUCAAUCGCAACCAUCGGCUUAGCAGCACCAUUGGCAGUAGCAGCGCCAGUUGCAACUGGUGUUGCCGCUAUAACCGCUGGUGGUGGUUCAAUAGCUGCCACUGGAGCCGGAGCUGCAGUGAGAGGACCACCAACCGCCCCUGUCGUCAUUGCUGGACCUUCUGGUAAGAUAGCCGCUGAUGGACUUUGGGGACCAACCGCCAAUAUUGGAGGACUAGGUGCUUUGGGAGCUGCAGGAUGGUAGAUUGUGGAAUACUUGUAUACGGCAUCCUCGAUUUCGACUGAUUUAUGACUUUGUGAUAUCUCCUUUUUUACAUAGGUACCAGUUCAAUGUUUAGUCAAUAACCUAAUAAAAGUUUUCAGUACA